AUGCAAGUCGUCAUUGCGUUUGUCUUUGCCUUGUUAGGGCUCUUGCAGCUAGCAGCUUCUACAGAGACUUUGCAGAGACCGAGUGUACUGACAGGUGCACCAUCUGUACGACUUCGUGUCAUGAUGAAACGUGAAAAGAUGAGGUUGCACGGGACCUUGUCCUUUGACGUCUACGCGACUCCAGUCAUAUCUGCAAAUGGUGCGAGUGUCCUCUACGACGGAUAUGCCACGUUUCUUGACAACGGGUCGGAGAUUACGUACACUCUUGCAAAUGGCGCUGCUUACCUAACGACCAAAGACACUAGCGGUGUCGAGACGGUUGGAUGUCUCUCGCCUAAUGCACUACCGUUUGACAGGAUUUUGCCCGCGUUGAAUGACGUUUCGCGAAUUCCAAGUGCAUCCAUUGGCGAGGAAGCAGUCAAAUGUCCAGAAGGGAAUUUGUUCAAGACGUCGUUCGUUGGCGUGCACUACGCCAUCUGCGUGUCUGGCGAAGCCGGAUUCACGGCAUUCAGCAGUGACUUGGACAUUGCUGUCGAGUAUCUCGACCGACAGGAGCGUAUUCAAGAACCAAAGCUAUCCGAUGGAAGAAGCUCAUGCAAACCUGUCGCACCAGCCACACUGAUGACACCAACCGCUUUAUCUCUGAUGCGUGGGAGUAAUUUGAUGUCAAGUACGACAAGAGGUCUAAAGGCAGAGUCUCACAUGGCCAUGCAGGCGACCGAGUGUCAACAAACGUCAAAACGUCGCCCUUGCAUCAUAUUUCAUGGUCUCGGUAACCCGCACGAAAGAACCGAAUUGCAGAACACGCCGGACUUGGUCCGUGAUAGGAUAGGCAAUAUCAACGCCCCGUUUUGCUCUUCAGUCAAGUAUGCUGUAAUCAACACCGCCGACGUCGGAUGGAGGGACGACAUGUUGCAACAGAAAUACUGCAACUUCUCGCUCUCCCUGAGCGCUUCGAGUGACGUAGCUGCUGGGAUUAUUGACAACGCGAUCAUUGUGACCCAUUCGAUGGGCGGCCUCGUGAUGGCUAGUGCAUUGGCAAAUGGAAAGUGCUCAUUCUCACCGAACACGUCAUGUCUGCGGGGGAAAAAAGAUGCCAUCGCUGAAGGACUAUUUGGAUUGCUUGGCCAGUGUCCACUGAUGCCUUCCCGCGGGACGACAGUCUACCAAGGCGAGAAGUACAGCACUCCAGCCAUUAACGAAGCGUAUGCAGCGGCGCAAAAAGCUUAUCGUGACAAUGUGGCAGCUGCAAUAUGCAGCGACAGCUACUAUGGCGUCUUUUCGAAAUACCAAGCCCCCUCCGUUAUUGCAGCCAAGGUCGUCUCUCACAAAUCCAGCAAAAACGACGGCCUCGUAGAGUAUCGUAGCUGUUUGGGUGGUCUCGACGAUGCCAUCUUUGGGGACCAUUACCUGAAUCGAUUCUACCGAUCAAAGCUGAACCACGCGGACACGGCAUUCAUGACGGGUGACGGUAUCUUUAAGGACUCACAGAAACCCACGAAAUGGUUCCAGUGUCUAGCGCUUUAG